AGCGACGCAAAACCCUUCUCGCUUCUCUCUCUAUCUCUCUCGCUCUCACACAGAGUCUUUCAGCUGGUCUGCUAUUCAACUCAGAAGAAGAAGAAGAAAAAGCAAAGAAAAAAAUGGAGAGUGGAGUGGAAUGGAUAAAAGAGCUAUCAGAUGUGCCAACUGGUAAACUCCCUCCACACCUCGAGCUUCAGAGGACCCGUGUCGAAUGCAAAGCUGAUGCUCCCAUUCAUACGGAUACAUUCCAGUAUUCUGGUGCUUAUGCGUCAAUUGGAGUUGAUAACAGUGUGAGGUUGGAUAAUUUCCGAGACAAUUUUAGAGUUGAAGUGAUUCGACUUACUGACGAAGAGAUGGAGUUUGAUAUGAUUGGUAUUGAUCCAGCACUUGCUAAUGCAUUUCGGAGAAUCCUUAUAGCUGAGGUUCCUACAAUGGCUAUUGAAAAAGUUCUCAUUGCAAAUAAUACAUCAGUGGUCCAAGAUGAAGUGCUUUCUCAUAGGUUGGGUCUAAUUCCAAUCAAGGCUGACCCUAGGUUGUUUGAAUUCACAGAAAAUGGUGCACCAACUGAAAAGAACACCAUUGUUUUCAAACUCCAUGUUCGCUGUGAACAGGGAGAACCUCGUCUUACAGUGAAGUCAAAUGAAUUGAAGUGGUUACCAAACGGGAGUGAAUUUCCUUUGGUAUCUGAAAGUUCAAGUAGGGGUUCUUCCUCAAAACCUAGAACCUAUACAUCAUUUAACUGCAGCCAAGAUUCACUGCCUGAAUUCUCCAACAAUCCGAUUAGUGCCAUGGAUAAUAUAAUUAUUUCUAAAUUGGGCCCUGGUCAGGAAAUUGAACUAGAAGCACAUGCUGUUAAAGGCGUUGGUAAAACACAUGCAAAGUGGUCCCCUGUGGGAACUGCUUGGUAUAGGAUGCUUCCUGAGGUUGUGCUAUUAGAAGAGAUUGAAGACAAGGCUGCUGAGCAACUUAAGGCAAAAUGCCCAGUUGGAGUAUUCGAUAUUGAAGAUAUUGGCAAUGGCAAGAAAAGGGCAGCUGUAGUCCGACCUCGAGCUUGCACAUUAUGUAGGGAAUGUAUCAGAGGAGGAAAAGAAUGGGAAGAUCGUGUUGCACUUCGUCGUGUGAAAGAUCAUUUCAUAUUUACCUUGGAAUCAACUGGAGCUUUACCUCCCGAAGUUCUAUUUACCGAAGCUGUGAAAAUAUUGGAAGACAAGUGUGAACGUGUGAUUUCUGAACUCUCUUGAAGUUCUGCUGCUGAUCCACUUAACAGAGAGCAAAACAUUAAAAAAUCCACUUAACAGAGAGCAAAACAUUAAAAAAUAAAAAAUUGUAAAGUAUCUUGUUAUUCUAUAUUCAUCUAGAAAAUUUUGGAGGCGUUUUAUGUAAAAGCCGAAAGUUUUGUUGUGCAAAAAACUAAGACCAUUAUUUUAUGACUGAAUAUUAUAAUUUUGGAUACUAGAAGACA